CACCCUCCCACUCUCGUUUCUCAUUUCCUCCCUCAGAACCUCCGGAAAUCGCCUCUCAUUAUUCGAAAUCUAACAGCUGACACUCACCGCCAGUCUGGUGGAACCACUUCCAUCAUGUCGGAGACCCCCCGGCCGUCUCUGAAGCUCACCUUCAACAAGAACAAGGCGAAAGCAUCAGCGCCCUCGACCCCAUCCCAGCCUGCCCCUCCCACACCAAAGCCGACGGAGACUCCCCAACGCAAGAUCACGCUAAAGAUCCCACGAAAACCAUCCGUUGCCGAAGGCGCAGGCGAAGAUGAAAAGCCGAAGAAGAAAAAACCGUCGAAGAAGCGCCCAGCAGAGGGGCCCGCGGUGCCAGAACCGUCCGCCGCCGCCCCCGUCGCGACCGCAUCCGCUGCAGCAGGCCCCAAACGCCUCAAGCUGAUUAACCCCGCCAAGAAACCAGGCGUGCAGUCCAUCCGGAUCAAGAACAAGGGGCUGGUCCCCAAUCGCCCGACAGGUGUGGGCUACGAUUCGGAAGCCUCCGACACGGAGAUCGAUCCCGCGAUCGAAGAACAGUUUAUUCUACGCAUGCUGCCUGGGGACGACUGUGAAUAUCUUCGACGUGCCAUCGCCGAGCGCCGGUUCGACCGGUCGGAGUUCUCCUUCAAGCCGCUGACGCGCGAAGGUCGCCGUUCCAUCUUCAAGGUCCGUGACCGCCAGUACGCCGCCGCGCUGGUGGACUUGCCGUGCAUCAUCGAGGGGAUGAAGAGUUGGGAUCGGCGCGGAUGGUACAAGUCGGCGGAUAUCUGCCAGAUGCUGCUGAUACUGGGUCCGGUGGCCAAUGAACAAGAAGCCAUGGAUUAUCCAAUACCGGACGAGGUUUCCCUGACGGAUGAUAAGAAUCUGCAGUAUCCGCAUGGUCUGGCGCCGCCUCUGCGGUGGGUUCGAAGGCGUCGGUUCCGGGAGCGGGUCAGCACCCGAACGAUCGAGCAGGUCGAGAAAGCGGUGGAGGAGAUGGUCGCGCAGGACGAAGCCUCGCUAGCCCCGCCUCGCUACGAGUUGGUGGAUGCUGCCUCGCUGAAUCGGAACGAGGGUAUAGUGCAAAGUGGAGAGUAUGAAGACUACGGUGACGAGUACUACGACGAAGAACAAGAUGCAGAGGGCGAAAUUGAUGUGGGUAUGGACGCUGGGGCUCUGUUUGAAGAAGAUUUCGAGGACGCUCUCGCCGCUGAAAUGGAGGCUGCCCUGGCUGCCGGAGACGAGGGUGAUGCUGCUGCUGCUGCUGCCGCCGCCGCCGCAACCACCGCUGCUGCGAGCGGCCCGCAGUCAGACGCUGGAGUCUACCAGGCCGGCACGCCUAUGGCGACCAAACCCUCCACACCAGCAGCCGACUCAUCAGGCGACGAGAGUGACGGAUCGGAUGGUGAGGAUAAUGAUGAACCGGGCGACGAAAUGGAUGAAGAGCAAUUGGAGCAACAACGCCAGCUCCAGCAGCAGCGCGAGGAAAUUGACGAGCUGGAGGCUUUGAUUCGUGCCGAGACCGUCAAGUGGGAGAACAUGCCCAACGCCAUUCUUAAGAACAAGCUGGCCAAGCGCAUCAAUGACCUGAAGCAGGAUCUGGCAUUAAAGAAAGUAUCCAUCGGAGAAGGAGACGAUGCUGAUGAUUGAAAUUGAUGUAAACUGUGAUACCCUCGCGGCACCGCCUGGUCAAACAGCCGCAAAAAAAAAAAAAAAAAGAAAAA